AUGUUCAAUAAGGUGUAACCAAAAUAGGGUGCGUAGGAAACGCAGAAAAUAUAAACUAUUACAGAGGCUAUGCAAAAUUUCGAUGUUAGAUUCCCUGUUCCAGGGAGUCAGAAUCAAACAGGAUCAAUUUUGGCUAUAGAUUGUGAAAUGGUUGAAUGUGAGAAUGAGAUUGGAGCCAGCGUUUAGAUGCUGGCCAGAAUAACAGUUGUCAAUUAUAAUGGCUAUGUUGUUUUGGAUCAAUACUACAAACCAAGAUUCAAGGUGAUCAAUUACAUUACACGAAUUUCUGGAAUCACACCACAAAUAAUUAAGGAUAAACCAGUUUACAAUGACUUUGAGAAAUCGAAGCUUUAGUUGUUAUUCAAGGGUAGAAAAUGCAACUAUUUAUAGAUAAAACCAUCAUUGGACAUACCCUAAAAAGUGAUUUUGAUGCAAUGGAAUUUAAUUUGGAAGAUUACCAAACCAGAGAUUUGAUGAAGGUGGAUUUUUUAAAAUUGGAUGAAGGAUCAAGUAAUACUAUAAAUAAUAUGAGGGUUUAAAAAAGAUGUGUUUGAAGUAUUUGGGCCAACAUAUUUAGUAAGGACAGCAUAGUUCUGAGGUUGAUGCAAGAGCUGCCUUAUUUAUAUUCCGUAAAUUCAGAAAUGAAAUAAAUUUGUAUUACAAACAAUUAGAUUGGGAAAAGGACAAAUAAUAAAAAUAAAAUUCAAAAAGUGCAAAAAAGAAUUAAAAAAAAUAAUAAAAAGUGCCUUCGAAGCAGUAGAGAAGCAAGAAGUCUGAUAAUUCUAAAUAACAAAAUGAAAAAUCUUAGGAGGGACAAGACACAAGGAAGGUUUAAAUUUAGAAGAAGGCAAUAUCAAAGAAGAAAAGUUAAUGAUGC